GAGAAAAUAUGGAAUGACGAGUUAUAUAGAAAGACAGGGGAAGAAGAAUGGACUAAGAAAGUAAAGAAAAGAAGGCUGGUAUGGUAUGGGCACCUGCUCCGCUUAGAUGAACACACUCCAGCUAGAAUGGCAUACCACGAAGCAGAGCGAAAGUUUUUAGAAACAUAAUCAUCAUCAUCAUGGACGAUCGAUCGAACUUAGUGUUUGUCGAGGAACCAUCUCCAUCACUGUUUUGUUCAAUUUGCAAACUACUUCUUUUUGAUCCAGUAAUCAGUGUGAAAUGUGGGCACACAUUUUGUCGUCUGUGCGUGGAGUCAACUCCGUCGCCUUCCGAAGGGAAUGACAGCGGAUCCAAAUUACCUUGCUGUCCUGUUGACAAAACUACAUUUGUUGCCGAAGAUCUGGUAGCAAACAGAGCAAUUGCUUCCCAGCUUGAGGAUUUGCUCAUUUACUGUCGGUAUAGCGCUGAAGGUCAGAGAUCACAAGGACAGCACACGACCAAUGAGAAUGCUGAUGAAUGUAAUGUGAAACUCCCUCUUAGUAAGCUAAGAGAUCAUGAAAAAAGUUGCCAGUAUGCGUUAAUAAUUUGCCCAAACUUUGCUGAACGAUGUGGAAGCAUUAGGAAGAAAGAUCUGGACCGGCAUCUACACUCUUGCAAUGUUGUGCCUUGUAUUUACAAACACAAUGGUUGUAAAUUUAUUGAUACCAAAGACAAAGUGAGCAUACAUCAGUGCACAUGCGUAUAUGUAAAGAAACCAGAAGUGAAUGGUAAUCAUCGAGAUAACACCACAGAUGAAUCAAUCGUCUUAGAGAUUGAAGCGUUGAAGCAAGAAAACAUUGGACUGAAGUCGCAUGUCACAGUAUUGACCCAAGAGAUGACAAAUCUUAAGAAUUCCCAUGAUUCAUUGCAAGCACAAGUUGAGAAAUAUGCUGCGUGUAUAUCCUUGAACAGGUUAGUGACGAGCCUCAAGUCCAAAUUGGAUGACCUUCAGAUCAAGCCAAUUGACCAACAAGCUGGACAGGCACUAACAGGCUCCAAGUCUAAACUCACAAGCAGCAAUAGUUUUACCUCAGGUCAUAAGAGGAAGCCGUCGUUUAACAGCAGUGAAUACACAAUAUCGUAUCAUGAACAGUGGCAACUUCCAUUCGAGUUUAAAUGCAUUGGAACUUUGAGGGGUCAUAAUGGAGCCAUUUGUUGUCUUGCCACUAAAGGUCAUAAGUUAUACAGUAGUGGGGCUGAUAAGGUCAUUAAGGUUUGGGACAUGGAAACGCUGAGCAAGGGAUGGAUGCAUAUGUUCAAAGGCCACACAGAAACUGUACGGGCUUUGAUUGACGGAGGCAAAUACUUGUACAGUGCUGGAGCAGACCGCUCCAUUCGUUCAUGGAGGUACGAUGAAUCAAACACUUCAGAGUACAAAUGUUACAAGAAUGCUCAUGAUGAGACAAUAUUAGCUUUGGUAAGAGCAGGAAAGUUUAUCUUCUCUUCAUCACAAUCUGAAAUCAAGGUUUGGGAUUGUGAGACAUUGGAUCUGAUUAAAACAAUAAGUGGGCUGAGAAGAGCAUGGGCAUUGACCCUUGACCCUAAGAAGGAAAGUCUGUACAGUGGGGCUGAGAAUUGUAUCAGUAUAUGGGAUGCUACUGGUCAAUUCAACCUCAAGUCAAAGGUUGAGCAUGAGUACGGAUUGGUGUACUGUCUCAAAGUCACUGACAAGUACCUGAUAAUGGGAACUCACAACAGGAACAUUCAGAUAUUUGACAUCAAAACUUACGAGCAUGUGCGAGCUCUUCGUGGCCAUAUUGGAAUGAUUACCGCCCUCGCUCUGUCACCAAGGAAUCGCUUUCUCCUGUCCAGCUCCUAUGAUGGGACUGUUAAGAUUUGGAAUUUGGAGAAUUUUUUGAAAUUGCAAAGUCUGAGUCGGCAUGAGGGUAGUAUUAACGCAUUGACGCUGCAUAAUGGCCUUCUCUUUACUGGCUCUGAGGACAAAGAGAUUAAGAUUUUCAAGUUCUUCAAGAUGUUAACACACAGCAGUUAUGGCAUUCAAAUUGAGCCAGGGAAAGAUACAUAGAAACAGAAAUAAGUCAAGGUAAAGAAAGGAAGAAAAAAUAAAGACAAUAAAUGAAGAGAUAGAACUUAAAAAUGAAAAAUAAGAAGAUUAUGUAUCUUCAGCUGUAUUUUACCAUAAAUUUAAACUACAACUAUGAGUUAAGUUCAAUAUUAUGUUACACAUAAUAGUAAUGUCUUUUGAUUUUAAAUGCAAGUCUAUGUUAUGCAGCUUAUCAUUAACAACAAAGAAAAUAUGUUGCUUGCAGAAUUUUAGGUAGGUGUUUUAAUAAAUUAUUUAAGAUAUAGAAUAUAGAAAUGUUAUGCAAUAUGCAGUAAAGGUACUUAUUUUACUUAGAGAAAUAUUGUUGAUGUCAGGUAAAUUUAAUUACAUAUGCUCCUUCCAUGUACAGAUGGUUUAAAUCUGUAUUUUUUUAAAAAUAAGUGUGCACUUAAGUAUAAAACAUUUUAAAGGAUCUAGUAAUGCUUGUGUCCUUGGGCAAGACACUUUAUGUUUGCAUUUCUUCACCCAGGAGCAUAAAUGGGUACCUGGUGAUUUGGAAUGAUUUGGGUUUGACAUUAGUAGUGCUGAUUACACACAUAACUAGGAAUACUCCCCGGAGGCUGCACAUUGCAUGAAUGAUGCAUCAAAUGACAGGGAGAAAGUGUUUGGCAGCUGAAAAGAACGAUACUAUAAGCAUACUCAGAAACAUAACAUUUUAAAAUAUUAUAAUAUACUUAAUCCAAAAAUUAUUUUGUUAGUACCGGUAAACAUAUGCAUAAGUAUGGAAUGACUUGAAGGCUGCAGAUUUUUAGAAUUACUUCCUCCAUCCAAGUAUUACUUGGAUUAAAUUCAUUUUUGUUUUAAAAAAACCAAAUAACAAUCAUCAAUCUUUUAUCACAAAGCUGGUCUUGAAUUGGAGGGCAAACACUGUAUUCAAUUCAGUUUGUAAACUGCUAAGGCCAGGAAAAAAUUGUUUCUUUGCCCUACUCCGCCCUCCCCUCACUCACUCAAAAAAUAUAGGGGUAAAAUAAACAAAAAAAAACCUUAACAAAUUUUUUUUUAUAGCUUUUAUCUUUACAAAUAAAGAAUAACGUGAGUGAAUUGAUCUUUAUUUUUUGCUAGAUGGUCAACAAAGUUGUCUAAAAUUCGUCGCUCACAUCACGAACACAAUCAAAGUAGAUUGUGCUAGUUCGUGAAAUUAAGAAAGCGUGUCAAAAUAUGCGCUGUUGUUGUUAAGGACUUUUUGUGUGGUAAAGAAUACAAAAUUGCUUGACAACCAAUACGCGGUCGUUUUGACGCGCUACUGUGAUUUCAUGAAUUAACACAAUCUACUUUGAUUGUGUUAGUUCGUGAUGUCAGCGACGAAUUGUUGUCUGAUUUAAAGCUUUGUCUGCACUAUCAAAUUUCAUCAAAAAAAGCGUCACAUAAAAUUUAAUGGAACAGAGAGUUAAACAUGUUCAACUUUUUUUAUACAAUUUGAUAUGUGAUAUGACGUCAUUGUACCCAUAUAUGGACACAUGGUAUGGCCCAUAUAUGGGCACACCACAUUUUUUUGUCACAUAAAGUUUUAUAGUGUAGAUAAAGCUUUAAAUAUUGCUAUUCUAUGCCUAAAUUCAUUGCAAAAUGUCAACUGUGGGUAAUUUUGUAAAAAUUUAAAAUUAAAAAAAACUUUUUCCACCUGCACCUAUUUAUUUAUUUUUUUGGCCGAAUGAAACUAUCUAGUUGUUAAGUUUGAAUAUGCAAAUGAGAUUUUAACACAUGUAAAUAUUGUAUAAGACAGUGCAAAUCACUUAAGUGCCAGUUAAGGUGGGACUUUUAUACCUUGUCUUGCAAACCCACCGCCCGCCAAUAUUGAUUAUUUCAAA